GCGAAUCUGCGGUGCCGAGGACGGGAUCGAGGCUGCUUCUUUAUAAGAACCGGCUCGGUCGCUGCUUCGGUUGAGAGCAGCAGCUGUGCGUUCACUAGAAAACAGAAACAGCAUGUCGACAAAGCACUUCUUCGCGGACGCGCCCUCGCUCGUCAUCCAGCACCUCACCGCGCUCGUCGAGGCGAACCCCGCCCUGCGUCUGAUCGCAGACGACCGCGUCGUCUACGACCCCGCCCACGACCCCUCGACGCUCUCGAUCGUGUCCGGCGGCGGAUCAGGUCAUGAGCCCGCGUGGUCAGGACUGGUCGGCAAGGGCCUGCUCGCUGCUGCUGUCAACGGUCCGAUCUUUGGCUCGCCGAGCGCGAAGCAGGUCGUUACUGGGAUUGAGAGCGUGCCGAGCGAUAAGGGUAGUAUUAUUGUUAUCACAAACUAUACCGGCGACCGGCUGCAUUUCGGACUCGCGCUGGAGAAAGUCAGAGCAAAGUACCCUGGCAAGCAGUUUGCGAUCUUGGCUGCUACCGAUGAUGUCGCGCUUGGAAGAAAACGUACCGGCGCUGUUGGCCGUCGCGGUCUGGCUGGAAACAUUCUCGUCCUAAAAGUGCUAGGAGGAGCUGCCGCCGCCGGCGUCUCGUUCGACAAGGCCGUCGCUGUCGGCACCGCCAUCAACGCAAACACAGUGACAAUCGGCUCCUCGCUUGACCACUGCCACGUUCCCGGCCGUCAAAACCACGAGACCCUACCCGACGACGUCCUGAUUCUCGGCAUGGGCAUCCACAACGAGCCCGGUCUGCGAAAGCUGUCGCCGCUGCCGACGAUCCAGGAGCUGCUGAGCGAGAUGGUGCGGUACCUCGUCGAUCCCAACGACGAAGAGCGCGCGUACGUCAAGUUCGACAAGGGCGACGACGUCGUCCUGCUCAUCAACAACUUUGGCGGGCUCUCGGCUCUCGAGACCGGCGCGAUCACAUACCAGACCCUCGACGUGCUCAAGAAGGAAUGGGACAUCGCCCCGAUCCGCGUCUUCUCGGACUCGUUCGAGUCCUCGCUCAACGGACCCGGGUUCUCGGCCACGCUCCUGAACCUGACCAAGGCCGCUGCCGAGCUUGGCGUGCCGACCGCCGAAGUCAUCGCAUACCUCGACGCGCCCACCACCGCGCCCUCGUUCCCGAAACCCUACCGCGCGAGCUCAGCCGCGAGCGUCAACGGCACAAGCAACGGAGUCGCAAAGGAGACCACUAGUGCUGCUGAAGUUGACCGUCCGGACUUCACCGCCGACUCGAAAUUAAUUGAGAGCAUGCUGCGCAAGGCGUGCACGCGCGCUAUCGAUAGCGAACCCUCGCUCACGAAAUGGGACAUGAUCAUGGGCGACGGCGAUUGCGGCGACGGCGUCAAAGCGGUCUCGACCGCGAUCCUCAAAUUACUCGACGCCAAACCCGUGAGCAAUAGCAUCUUGGGCGCGCUUGAGCUGGUUGGGGAGGCGGUCGAUGACAUGGGCGGCACGCUCGGCGCUAUCUUUGGUAUCUUGGUUGCCGCGCUGGCCACGGCAGUCACUCGUCGCGCGACGGCGGGGAAGCUUGAGAUGACGCCUGCUAUCUGGGGUGAGUGCGCGCACGAGGCACUUGCGUCUCUCAUGACACAUACCGCUGCGCGCGAAGGCGAUCGCACGGUGAUGGACGUGCUGAUCCCGUUCUGCAACUCGCUUUACAAAUCCAAGGACCUGGCGACGGCAGUGCAGGCCGCCAAGAAUGCCGCGGAGGGCACGUGGGACAUGAAGCCCAAGUUUGGCCGCGCAACCUAUGUCACUGGCGGAGACGACGACGGGCGGAUUCCGCCUGAUCCGGGCGCGUGGGCGGUGUACGAGAUGGUCGAGGGACUUUUGGAGGGGUCUGCAUAGGCGAAUGCAUAACUCUGCAACUUUAUUUGCGCGCGUUUGUUGUCAUCUGUAUUCAAUAGUGCAUCAGUUCUUGGAACUACAAAUUAUAUUCAAUAAUUAUAAUAAUUGGUUUAUAUGGAGUUUGAUAGCUGUAGAUGAAAAUAAUAUCGAUAUGUUGGGCAUGGGUGAGAAAGCAGGACAGUUGUUUGAAUGGAAUUAUCAGAGUUUAAUGAAGCGU